ACACCCUUCCAGUCUUACAUAUCUCAUCAGUGAAGGAUAUGUUUGGUCCUUGCAGUAUAGAGAGUAAACAGACACAUAGUAUUUGUGCUUUUAACUGAAUCAAUGACAGGUUAGGGCAAAAUCUUCCCUGAAAUUUAGUAGCUGCUCAUGUAGUUGGACACAUCAGUUUGCAGUGACAUCAACGACGCACUUGUUGUUCGCCUUUGGUCAGUGACUGACCAAUGGAGGAUGGCAUGGACAGUCCGGUGGCCGUGAAGGUGGAGGGCCACUCCCGCAGCGUAAUCCUCAGAUACUUUCGCGGCGACAUCGGAAGUAUGGUGGACGCUCACUUCAGCCGCGCUCUUAGUAGAGACUUCAAGGACAAUAUGCAGGCAGCCAAGGCCAAGAAAAUACCCAAAAACUUCAAAUUAGAGGACAGCAGCACCUGCCAGGCUGCCCUGUCGGAGGCUCCACUCGAGCCGGGCCGCCACUUGGCGUUCGCCCCUCCCGAAGACCCCUCCGGGCCGUGGCACCCAUUCGUCGGCAGGACUGGAGAGCCAUCAAGCUCGCCGGCCCCCAUGUACUCUGUGGAAGACCUGAGCUUGACCGGGCAGCAGUACGCCUCUUCGCUGCUCAACCUUCUGCACAGCGACCGUGCCGAGACGGGGGCCGCCAUGGCAUCCGGCUCCAAAGCUGAACAUCUGGCUAACUGGAUGGUGCCGCAAGGAUUCAGAGACUCUGUAGAGCCCGUCGGAGGCUUCGAGCCCGGUAAGCCUUCGUAUGCCAUACAGCAUCUGCCAUCUGGCUUCCUCGGAGGCUAUCAAAGCUUCCAAAAUGGACAUAAUUAGAAACGCUAUUGAAGUAAACGUGAUGUGUAUUGUCCCUGCUCCUAAACACUUGAUGUGGUAGGUCUUAGACUGGGGUUGGCGCGAUGCAGCAGGGAAGUUGCACAAAUAGUCUGCAAUAAAUUACAGUGGUACCUCGACAUAGGAUCACUUCAACACAUGAUCUUUUCAAUAUCCGACGUAUCGACAUUUGACUCGCCAUUUGUUUCUACGACACGCUCGAAAUACGACGAUUUAUGACGGCACCGCAGUUUGUUUUCUCACAAGACGGACGCACGGCGUAUUCUUUUGAGAGAAAUCAACAUGGGUUCCAACAAUGUUAGUGCAGAUGGUGAAAAAAAUAAAAAGGUGAGGCUCACCAUUGAAAUGAAGAUGGAAAUGAUAGAAAAAUAUGAGCGUGGUGUGUGCGUCCGUGAACUGACUCGACAUUACGGCCGUAGAAUGUCUACGAUCUCGACGGUCCCCCUCCGGCCCCCAUUUGCCAGUUUUCAUAAGUUCAGUUGACAAUUAUUUCUGUGGUAACAUCGCCCAAAAAUCGCCAGCUUCGUCAGGUUAUUAAUCAUUUAUUUCAGAACUUGUGCAACACCACAUGCCUACUGUCCGCUGCAGCUGAACAUGAUAAGUGAAAGUAAAAAGUCCUCUCUCACUCUGUCAGGUCAGCCACACAGUGCGUUCAGGUCCACCACCCAAAACACAUACAGUACAUUAGAACCCGAUUCGUUACAUUAUUGUAUGUGGUAUUAUUAUUACUAUCAUAUUAUUAUUCCGAUUUUUAUUCAUAAUUUAUUUGUUUUAUUUGUUAAUUGUUAUUUGCAUUUAUUAAGGAUUUACGUAGUGUAGGUUUUCGGGCUGAGGAACGAAUUAAUGGAAUUAUAAUGUAUUCUUAUGGGAAAAUCCUGCUUGACAUUCGACCAUUUCUACUUACAAAGUCCCGGAAUGAUUUACCUUCGAAUGUAGAGGUACCACUGUAUUAAGAUGUAUCAUGUGUACCUACAUAAUGAGAACUUGCAGAAAUUCCGUUACACUAUUUUAGCUCGGAGCCAAUUAAAAGCCCUGUGACAUCUUCUGAAUGGUUUAUUGGUACAAGAAAGAAGUGUUAUUUUGGGGGGGGAAACACAUGUGUUUUAAGUAGAAUGUUGGCCAAUUUUGUGAGAUUUUAAGAAGAAAACAGCUUUUAUAUUGCAAUAAUAGUUUUUGUUUUGAAAUUCACUUGUUGACGGACGUUUUACUAAACUGACUUAAAGUACAUUAUACUCACAAUAGACUUUUUUAAAACUCUUAUUGUAAUAUACCUUUCUAUAAAAAUGUGUUAUUGUAAAAUGUCAACUUUUUCUAAAAAUAAAGCUGUUUAUUACAGGAAUAAAGUCUUACGUUUUGAAGAUGAAACUGUUUAUAACUUCGAGUACAUACAGUGUCAAUAAUACAAGAAAAAAGUGGUGUUAUUUAAAUUCAGUUGUUAAACUGUGACAAUUUCCCCUCUUUACACUUUGAAUAUAUUACAACAGUACCUUGGAAAAAUAACCUUUCAUUAUUUCAUUAGCUCCUUCAUCGUGACUAACAAAAAUCUGGCCUGACACAGGUUGUCUUGCACUGCCAGAGACGGGUUAGGCCGGUUGUUGGAAUUUUGUGAACACUGCCAACUCUGUUCACUUCCAAUCAAAACAGUUCCUCUCAGGUGACUUUCAGACACCAAAUUGACAAUUUUUCCACUGCCCACUUCCCAAACAGGCACGUGAGGAGGAGUCGUUGAUGGCUUUCUUUACUUUAGUGUGUCAACAAAAAGAAAACAAUAUACAAAAUAACAGAGGACUGCCACCACAUUCGACCGCUAACUUUUGCUUCUCACCCGUCUCCCCCCUCGCUUCUUACUACCUCCCAGCGUCUCUUAACUCAUUUGCUCCCAAAAACGUAUAAAUACGUUCUAUUUUUAAUUGUUUCA